GUUUGGAAAUUAUUGGGCGCGAAAUAAUCGAACCUAGUUAUUCAUUACAAAAUUUAACGAAAUACUCGGGCAGGCAUUUCAUAAUAUGCUUGUAAGAGACGGUCGAAAUUUAACGUAUAUAAGCUUGGUAACCCAAGCUAAAUAUAUUAUUAGAGUUGUGCAUUUAAUCGUUCAAACAUUUUAUUGAAUAUCUACAAUGAAGGCCAGUCUAUUAAUGGUUUGUGUUGCCUUUGGCUUUGCUUGUGCUGGUCAUGGACAUGAUAACGCUCACUACCAAUUUGAAUAUGGAGUUCAUGACCCUCAUACCCAUGAUCACAAAUCCCAACAUGAACACAGACAUGGUCACGAUGUCCAUGGAGGGUACACCGUGAAAGAAGCUGAUGGUACUCACAGAGUUGUUAAAUACAAAUCUUCUCCCCACAACGGCUUCGAAGCUGUUGUUGAAAGAAGAGGUCAUGCUCAGCAUCCCGCCCAUUAUGGACAUGGAAAUGGUCAUGGACACGGUCACGGCGGCCAUGGUGGACAAGGAGGAACCAGCUACGUUGGUGUUACUCACUGGGCUAACCAAGGAAGUGAGGAAGGUCAUGGUCACCAUUAA